AGCAAUCGUUCACAGCACACCCACCCUGAGUACUGGAACUAUGCCGCGGGGCCGGCCUCGCAAACUGAGAGUUAAAAGCAACGACGAAACAGAUGGAGAUCCCAGUGAAGCUAAAGUGGACAGUUUCAGUGAUGAUGAACCCAAGGACAAGAAAUGCACAAUAUGUGGUCAGAUCUUCACCACUGAGAGCCAGCUGCAGAAGCAUCUCCGCGAGCAUGAGGUCAACGACAAGCCCCAUCGAUGUGACAAGUGCUCACAGACAUUUAACGUGGAGUUCAACCUCACCCUUCACAAGUCCACACACACCACCUCGGACUUUACCUGUCCUGUAUGCAAUAAAAGGUUCUCACGCAUCGCCAGCCUCAAAUCUCAUAUCAUGCUGCACGAGAAGGAAGAGAACUUAAUCUGUGUCGAGUGUGGAGAUGAGUUUAUUCUUCAGAGCCAGCUCUCUCUACACUUGGAGGAGCAUCGUAAAGAGCUGUCGGGCGUGAAGGUCUACACCUGCAAGACCUGCGACAAGGAGUUCAAGACGUUUGCGCACCUCAAGGAGCACACUAAGAGUCACGCCAAGAUGAGGCCACUCAACUCUAGUUCAAGAAACUACAAGAAAAACAUUGAUCGCAGUGGAUUCACAAACAGCUGCCUUCACUGUGGAAAGGCUUUCAAAAAGCCCAGCCAGCUUGUCAGACACAUACGAAUACACACAGGUGAGAGGCCCUAUAAGUGCUCACAUUGUGGCAAGGCUUUCAACCAGAAGGUGGUGCUGCAGACUCACAUGGUGAGACACACCGGGGAGAAACCUCACCUCUGCAUGUUCUGUCCCGCUUCCUUCUCCCAGAAAGGGAACCUGCAUUCCCACGUUCAGAGAGUUCAUUGUGAGACUAAAGGAGUGCCUCUGUUCCCAUGCAUGGACUGCAGCUGUGCAUUUAAGAAGCUGGGCAGUCUGAACGCCCACAUCAGCAAGAUGCACAUCUCUGUGAUUGAGGUACCUACCAGCACUGCGGAAUCAGAGACCACAGGUCAGGGCCCAGGGGGGUCAGAGGGUGGCGAAGGGGUGACAGAUGUCAUCCAACAGCUUCUUGAGCUGUCUGAACAGGUCAGUGGGGAGACGGCCCAGCCCCAACCCCCAGAGCAGGCUAUUGCCAUGGAAACUGCCAUCAACCAGGACAUCUUGCAGCAAGCUCUGGAGAACAGUGGGCUGAGUGUGGUCCAGCCACAGGGUGAUGCCCUGUCCAGAGAGAUGCAGGACGAGAGCACAGAGGGCGCUGCUGCAGAAACCAAGAAAGUACAAGGGCCAGACAAACCAGCCAGGGAAAAGAAAAGGAGCAUUUUUAAGAAACCAGUACAAAUGCCAGGUUCAAUCAGGGAAGAGAAUGGUGUCCGCUUGCACUGCUGCCCAUACUGUGCCAAGGAGUUUAAGAAACCAAGUGACCUUGUUCGUCAUAUCCGCAUUCACACCCAUGAGAAGCCUUUCAAGUGCAAACAAUGCUUUAGAGCCUUUGCUGUCAAGAGCACGCUUACAGCACAUAUGAAGACGCACACGGGUAUCAAGGCCUUUGAGUGUCAGUGCUGUUUGAAGUGCUUCUCCACCUCUGGCAGCAUGAAGGUGCACAUGCGGCUGCAUACAGGUGCACGACCUUUCCCCUGCCCUCACUGUGGCAAGGUCUUCCGUACAUCGGGCCACAGGAAGACACAUGUUGCUUCUCACUUCAAAAGCCUGCAGCAGAAGAAGCACAAAUUUCCACGGAAAACCAACAAAGCCAAAGGUUUCAAGAAUAAUCUACCUCUGCCCGAUAUCCCCCUGCAAGAACCCAUCCUCAUCACUGACUUUGGCCUCAUCCCAUCCCAGAACCCUCGUCUGACUUUCCAGCAGUACCUGGAGGUGACGGGCACUGACCGGCCAUAUAAGUGCCAGUUCUGCAGUAAGGCCUAUAAGAAAUCAAGCCAUCUAAAGCAACAUGUCAGGUCUCAUACAGGAGAACGGCCCUACAAGUGUGUACAGUGCAGUCGAGGUUUUGCUUCCUCUGGAGUGCUUAAAGCUCACAUCAGGACACACUCGGGCCUAAAGGCUUACAAGUGCUUAAUGUGCGACACCACGUUCACCACCAGUGGCAGCCUACGACGUCACAUGACCACCCACAGUGACUUAAGACCUUAUAUGUGUCCCUAUUGCCAGAAGACCUUUAAGUCAUCACCCAACUGUAGGAAGCACAUGAAAACACACAGGUAUGAACUGGCCCAGCAGCUGCAGCCACAAUCCACAGAAGACCCACUCGGAGCAAGCGCUGUGGCCCAUGAUAUAGAAGUGGAAAUAGACGCCAAUGCCCUCCAGCAACCGGCUGCCUCCUCAGAGGAGCAACACAGUAUGCUGGGACUAGGUCAGACAGAGGUUGUUAAUGGAGGUCAACAAGUGACACUGGAGACACCCCUAAGUGACCAACCACUGGUGCAAGGGGAAGACUCGUAUGUGACCACCCAGCAUGCUUUGCCACAGAACAUCAGCCAGUUUGAGACGCCAGCACUUCCUCAGCCAACCUUUGACCAGCAAGCUCUAACGCAAGGUUUCACCAUCCCUGAAUCCAACUAUAAUCAUCCCCAGUUCUCGACUGUCCAGCAGCUGCAGGAUUCCAGCACCCUUGAGUCUCAGGCGCUGUCGUCCAGCUAUCAUCCCCCAAAUCUGCUUCAUGUUUCCAGUGCUGAGGAGACAAAUGGGCUUCUUCAGCAGAGCGAUCAGUCUGAGCUUCAGCUGACUGAGACGCAGGACUACCAGGAUAACAGUGAAGACAGCAAUAAGAGAGCCUACAGGUGUACGUGGUGUAAUAAAGGCUUUAAAAAAUCAAGCCAUCUGAAGCAGCAUGUGCGCUCCCACACUGGAGAGAAACCAUACAGAUGUCACCAAUGUGGACGAGCCUUCGUGUCAGCUGGAGUGCUGAAGUCCCACCUAAACACACAUACAGGAGUGAAGCCAUUCAAGUGCAACAUCUGUGAUGCCUCAUUCACCACCAACGGUAGCCUGAACCGCCACAUGAUCAUCCACAUCAAGUCUUUCAAAUGCUCCAUGUGCAGUGACAGCUUCAGGACCAGCCUGCUGUGUAAAAAGCACAUGAAGAAGGAGCAUGAUGUGGUCAAUCAAAUUAUAGGUCUGGCUACUAGUCAAGAUGAAGAAGUGGAGGAAGAUGAGGAGGAAGGCGAGCAAAAGUUAUCAAAGAGGAGGGGUUUGGAGAUCAUCACGUUCACGAAGGAGCAGACGGACGAGCUAGCAAAGGACCCUGGCGAAGAGGCUUCUGUGUCGGAGCGGAUCCUCGCCCAGUCAGCGGCAGAGAGGGAUCGCAUCAGCGAGAUCAAGGACAAGGCUGUAGAGCUGGAGACAGAACCCAAGUUCCCAAACUAUUGCAGUUUCUGCCCCAAGAGCUUCAAGAAGCCCAGUGAUCUCAUUAGGCACAUCAGGAUUCAUACAGGAGAAAAACCAUACAAGUGUGAUGAAUGUGGAAAGAGUUUCACUGUGAAAUCUACCCUGGAUUGUCAUGUGAAAACACAUACAGGUCAAAAACUGUUCAGCUGUCACAUGUGCAACACCUCCUUCUCUACAAAAGGCAGCUUAAAGGUGCACAUGCGUCUCCACACAGGCUCCAAGCCUUUCAAGUGUCCAUUCUGCGAACUCCGAUUCAGAACGUCGGGCCACCGCAAAACCCACAUCCAGUUCCACCUCCGUCCAACUGGCGACAACCGCAAGUCCAAGCGAUCUUCCUCAUCCACUGGUCAGGCUGCUCAAGGCCAAGACCCAGGGACAGCUCAGGCUGUGACCCAGGGCCAGGGGCAGCAGCCAGUGGCUUCAGAUGCUCUUCCACCUGUGGGUCUGCUACAAACACCCAACUCUGACCAGAGCAUUUAUCUCCCAGCCAAUCAAAUCCUGACGGGACAGUAUGACCAGAAUCUGCUGCAAUCGGGACUGGUGGGACAGGCCAUCCUGCCUGCCUCUCUGUCAGCUGCAGGAGACCUGACUGUAUCUCUCCCAGAUGGUCUAACCACACUGGACGGCAUCCACCUGCAGCUAACCCCAGCUAGCCUGGUUUGCCCCAACGUCCAGAUCUCUGGCAUCGAUACCAGCAACAUCAACAACAUCACACUACAGAUUGACCACGCCCUCCUCCAACAGACAUUACAACAGGGUCUCCUCUCUCAUCCCCUGAGCGUCGACACUGGCCUCGUCUCCCAUUCCAAUAGCCAGCUCAUGUCCACCAACGACCCCUCUGUGUCCGCCAAUGUCGUCCUUCACCCGCUGACCAGCCUGGCCCUGCAACCCUCCACCAUCACACCUGCACAGGUCACAAUGGCUGGCCUCUCUGAGCACGACAACACAGGUUCUCAGGACCUAAGUCACGUCAUAAGCAGCUCUGGGCUUGUAGCCGGAGGCAGCAGCGGUCAGGAGAUCACUCUGACCAUCAACAACUCCAGCCUAACACAAGCCCUUGCCCAGGUACAGGCCCAGGCCUCUGCUGCAGGGGCCAGCAGUGGGGCAGGAAACCCUCAAGAGAUCACCCUAACCAUAUCAGGUCAAGAUCUGCUCCCACAACAUAGCAACCCUAAUGGUACUGAGAUGAAUGGCAGCAUCAGGCUGGCAUCACCACUCAGUAGUCAGCCCACCACUGCAACUCUGACCAUCACCAAUGACCACCUCCUACCUCAGAGUCCCGCUAACACUGGAAUGACAGUGACCAGCCUGCCAUCAAGCACCACCUUGUCACAUACUUCAGCGUCCCAAACCCUAAUGAUGUCACCAGGCGGUGUCGUUGGUGAUGGCAGUGUUACACUAACCCUUGCUGAUGCACAUGGUAUGCUGGACGGUGUCACUCUAAACCUCAAUGCUCAGGGCCAGACGUUUCCUGCUGUGCUGAAUGACUCUGGUCUGUCGGGGCAGACAGCCAGCUCAGGCCAGCAGAUCAUACUGGUCAGUCACCAAUCUGCAAAUGGAGCCUCUGACGGUGGAUAUAAUAUUUCCGAUGACGGGCAUAUGGGUGUUAAGGACGCUCAGAUGGAGAGUGAAAGUCGGAACCAGUGUUACUACUGUAACCAGGUGUUCCAGAAUGCCAACACUUUGCGCCGCCAUUGCAGACAAGCUCAUGGCAAGGACCGCUGCCAUGUCUGUAGUGUCUGUAACAAGGCUUUCAAGCGGGCCACACACCUGAAGGAACACGAGCAGGUGCACCAGCCCGGCCCCUCACCCAGCUCACAGAAGCCCCGAGUUUUCAACUGCUCCUCCUGCGUGAAGGCAUUCGCCAAGCGCAGCCAGCUGGAGAGACACAACAGAACACACACAGGCGAGCGUCCCUUCAAAUGCAGUCAGUGUGACAAGGCUUUCAACCAGAAGAGUGCUCUGCAGGUCCACAUGGUCAAACACACUGGAAAGAAGCCCUUCAAGUGUGAAGUGUGCAGCAUCAGGUUCACGCAGAAGAGCAACAUGAAGCACCACAUGAAGAGAUCUCACGGCUAUGGUCAGAUCCAGGAUGUGUCCCUGAGCCAAGGAGAGGUGGCGUCUCAGGUCACUCCCGAACUUGACCUGGAGGUUGUUCCUGAGUCAUCUGGAGACUGGCAAAAUGUCUUUCCCUGACAGCAAGCGAAAUGUUGAGUGCAGUGAGUUUUACAACCCAACGGCAAAGAUUUGUCAAACAUUUUCUGCCUCUCGAAAUGGAUUAUUCAGUUAGAAAAACAUGUAAAACAUUUAAGAUUUGCACCACAGUAUAUCAAAGGCUUUUACUGUGGUCACAGUGUGCUCCAAUUAGAGCAAAUUAGCAGCGAAGUAAGGGGGGUCUGGUUCCCUCUGAUUGGCUUAAUGACUUUCAUCUGUUUUGCUGGAGUCUUGAUUGUCAUCACUAAGAUAACCUUCAGAGAGGUUUUGCUCAAUAAGCACAUGUAUCCCAGUGGUCCCUGUAAUCCUGACAAUGUUAUCGAGAACCUUAUCAAGCCAGGAACAGAACUUUCCCUGUACGAUCUUUAUCUGUCUUAAAACAAUUUUAGUAAACGGUAAACUGAAAAAAAAGACUCUAAACGCUGUAGUACAUGUGCCAGGCCUGUACAUGGCACAGAAACACUUCCAAAAUGGAGAAGAUGACGUGGAGCAUGCGCAUGAUGCACGUGUGCCAUGUGUCUCUCCGUUUAUUACAGUUUGUACACUCACAGAAAGAGAAGACAAGAAAUGAAAUAAGUUUUCAUACAACAGACCAAACACGCCGGAAACACAUGAAGGAAAUUAUGACGAAACGAAAAUAUAAGGACAGCAAAUCCAACAAUUGCGCCCCGGGGCUCCCAAAACACUGGUUCUGUGUGGAUAAAAAGCCAAAACAAGGCAACAUUUUUUGCAGAUUCUGCUGAACUCGCUCUCGCGUGUCCAGACUCCCCAAGUUCUGCGAGAAAAUGACUUGUCUCCGCUCACACUUACGCUCGCCGCACUGCAAAAGACUGCACUGCUGUCACUGCUUCAAAAGCAACACAGCACAGAUUUGUUUCAUAGGUUUACAAUUAUUAUUUUUUUUUACUUAUGUAUACUGUAUAUAUAUAUUUUGUCUCAAAAUGAAAUGUCAUUAGCCGUUUGUGUGUUUAUUUCGUCGCAAAGCAGCGACGGACAUGUUUGUGAAGCUUGCCACUGAGGACACUGAUCCCGAUUUGAUCCUGCUUGAGCUUUUUUUGACUGAACACGUUUGUCCGCGUUGUGUUUCCUGUAGAUAUCCCGUCAUUCAAACUCACACGUCACAUGCAGGUCAUUUUUUGUAAAUAGUGUAGUUAGAUUUGCAUAUAUUUUCUGACGAGCCGCCACAACAUAGUUUGUGUGGCAUUAUGAAAUGUUGCAUUUAUUAUGAAGCAAAGCUAAUGUACAGACAAUAAGCUGUUUUCCCCCCUCCUUUUUGUGGUUGUUUUUCUAUUGUCUAUAAUAAGUUAUGAAAAGUAAUUAAACUAAUUUUUCUACCAAUUUAAA